AUGAAAGUAAAGAACAAGCUAAAGCUAUACCAACUACCAAACGAACGACCAACAUGUUGUAAAUUAAGAUUUUUGCAGCUGUACGACAAGAAUGUAAGUAUUUACUUAAAGCGAUAUUGGGUUCACAACUGUAGGUACUACCUGCUCAUCGUCCUCCCAGAUAAAAAAUACCAAGCGACUAAUAUGCUACACCUACAUCAGCACUGCACGACUACUUGUGCUACUUUCGCCUUUCUUUUGUCUCACCGCAUGCGGAAUUUAAAAUGUAGAAGAGUGGUUCAUAUUCAUUUCGAAAGAUCUACUGUUAGUUCUAGCACUCAAAAACGACCUUACAACCACAGAGACGACCGCUUUUUGGGGUUUUCCGAAAAGUUUUUCCACG